CUGGAAGACGACGACGCAGCAUGGCGAGCGUCCCAUCCUCGCCCUUCUCGCUGGCCGACAUGGCCUCCUGUGGCUACAGCUCGGACGAGAUGAUCGACAUGGACAUGGGCCAGGUAGCCGCGCCCGGAUGCGACUUUGACGUCGACCUCGAGUGGCUCGCGUCCGUGUCCGAGCCGCCGCCGAUCCCGAUCGCGGAGCCCGCACCGGACGCAGCCAGCCGCUUCGAGUACGUGACGGGCGACAAUGCGUCGAUGAGCAGCGCCGUGUCGAGCCCGGCGUCCAAGUGCGGUGCGCCUACCAAGACGGCCAAGACGUCGUCGACCGACGCGUACGACAAGAAGAAGCAGUACAACCGCGAACGCAACCGGCGGUUCCGCAUGAUGGAGAAGCAAGAGGCGACGCAGCUCGCGCAGCAGAUUCAAGAUCUGCAGUCGCAGCUCAAGCAGAUCGAGGGCAAGAAGAAGGCCACGGCGCCUCAUACCAACGAAGACGACGUGAGCGCGCUCGUUGCAACGAGCAAGAACCUCUUGCCGUGGAAGGACGUGGCGACGAUCUUCAAGACGAUGAAGGACGCGAGCUCCGAGAAGCAGUCGUCGCUGCACAGCAAGCUGCGCAAGUACAAGGAAAUCGCAUGCAUAAUGAACUCGUGGGUCGCCAAAUCCAUGGCCGUGCCCACGUUUUCCGACCCGUUCAAGCAGUCGUGGCGCAACUCGUCGCUCAUGGCCCACGAGAGCUCGCGGCGGCUCGGCUUUGACUGGAUCACCAAGCAGCUGUACCACAACAUUGACGCGAUGAUCCAGCACUGCGGGCUCCCGGCGUCCAUGGCACCGGUGAGCGAAGUCCACGUCUUCCCGCUCGAGAACGAUCCGUCGUACCACCUCAUCAAGGCCCGCCAGCGCAUCGAGUAUGCGACCUUGGACGAGGUCACGCAGACGCUCCAACGGCUCUACUUUCAAACGCCGGACGGGCUCCUCGACAUGCCAGACCCCAACAUUAUGUACUUCCGCAUGAAGUCGCCGUACGGGGCGACGCAGCAGAACGCGUACUUUCAAAACAUCCUCGCGCGCCAGUUCUUUGACGAGAACCGGUACGUGGUCUUCACCCACAGCAUCACGGACGAUGAAAAGUACCCGCUCGACCGCAUCCAGCGCAACUGGACCAACUGGACGAUCGCCGAGCGCCUCGGGCACGACCGCGUCAUCAUCAAGCAAGUCUCGGUCGCCAACGGCCUCCGCAUGAAGGACCAGUACCUCCCGUUCGACCAGGACCCGUCGACAAAUGUGCUCUCGAAUGACCCGGUCGUGCAGUUUCGGCAAUUUGAACACAAGACGCACGUGUACCACCAGCGCAUCUUUGCGCAAGACGUGCUCAAGUUUCAACAAACGUUGGCGCAGAUCCGGUACGAGAACGCGACCGCGCGCAUCGAUUCGAUGAGCACCGAGCCGAGCCCGGUGGGCAGCCCCGUCGCCGCGCCGCGGUAACGCACGCCACCGACACGAUAGUAGACGACUCUCUUUGUAUGCGUCAAACACCCUGUAGAAUGUUGAUUAUGAUGAUGAUACCCAUGCCAGU